AUGGCUUCUCCAGAUGCUGAGAUGGCUGUCUUUGGGGAGGCAGCUCCCUAUCUGCGGAAAUCAGAAAAGGAAAGAAUUGAGGCCCAGAACAAGCCUUUCGAUGCCAAGACAUCAGUCUUUGUGGUACAUCCAAAGGAAUCUUUUGUGAAAGGGACAGUCCAGAGCAAAGAAUCAGGGAAGGUCACUGUCAAGACUGAAGCAGGAGAGACUCUGACUGUGAAGGAAGAUCAAAUCUUCUCCAUGAACCCUCCCAAGUAUGAUAAAAUCGAGGACAUGGCCAUGAUGACACUCCACGAACCCGCUGUGCUGUACAACCUCAAAGAGCGUUAUGCAGCCUGGAUGAUCUACACCUACUCGGGUCUCUUCUGUGUCACCGUCAACCCCUACAAGUGGCUGCCGGUGUACAACCCGGAGGUGGUGUUGGCCUACCGAGGCAAAAAGCGCCAGGAGGCCCCUCCACAUAUCUUCUCCAUUUCUGACAAUGCCUAUCAGUUCAUGCUGACUGACCGUGAGAAUCAGUCAAUCCUGAUCACUGGAGAAUCUGGUGCAGGGAAGACUGUGAACACAAAGCGUGUCAUCCAGUACUUUGCAACAAUUGCAGCUAGUGGGGAGAAGAAGAAGGAGGAGCAGUCUGGCAAAAUGCAGGGAACUCUUGAGGAUCUCAUCAGCGCCAACCCACUGCUGGAGGCAUUUGGAAAUGCCAAGACUGUGAGGAAUGACAACUCCGCCUUUGGCAAAUUCAUCAGAAUCCACUUUGGGGCCACAGGCAAACUGGCUUCUGCUGACAUUGAAACUUAUCUGCUGGAGUCCAGAGUCACUUUCCAGCUCAAGGCAGAAAGAAGCUACCACAUAUUUUAUCAGAUCAUGUCCAACAAGAAACCAGAGCUGAUUGACAUGCUUCUCAUUACCACCAACCCAUAUGACUACCACUAUGUGAGUCAAGGUGAGGUCACUGUACCCAGUAUUGAUGACCAGGAGGAGCUCAUGGCUACAGAUAGCGCCAUUGACAUCCUGGGCUUCACUCCUGAUGAAAAGACUGCCAUCUACAAGCUGACAGGGGCUGUCAUGCACUAUGGGAAUUUGAAGUUCAAGCAGAAACAGCGAGAGGAGCAGGCAGAGCCAGAUGGCACAGAAGUGGCCGACAAGGCUGCCUACCUGAUGGGCCUGAACUCAGCUGACCUUCUCAAAGCCCUGUGUUACCCUCGAGUUAAGGUUGGGAAUGAAUUUGUGACGAAAGGUCAAACUGUCGAACAGGUGAACAACGCAGUGGGUGCCUUGGCAAAAGCUGUCUACGAGAAGAUGUUCUUGUGGAUGGUUAUUCGCAUCAACCAACAGCUGGAUACCAAGCAACCCAGACAGUACUUCAUUGGUGUCCUGGACAUUGCUGGUUUUGAGAUCUUUGAUUUCAACAGCUUUGAGCAGCUGUGCAUCAAUUUCACCAAUGAAAAACUGCAGCAGUUCUUCAACCACCACAUGUUCGUGCUGGAGCAGGAGGAGUACAAGAAGGAAGGAAUCGAAUGGGAAUUCAUUGACUUUGGGAUGGACCUGGCUGCUUGCAUUGAACUCAUUGAAAAGCCCAUGGGCAUCUUCUCCAUCCUGGAAGAGGAGUGCAUGUUCCCCAAGGCAACUGACACCUCUUUCAAGAACAAGCUCUAUGACCAGCAUCUGGGCAAGUCCAAUAAUUUCCAGAAGCCCAAGCCUGCAAAAGGCAAGGCUGAGGCCCACUUCUCUCUGGUGCACUAUGCUGGCACAGUGGACUACAACAUCUCUGGCUGGCUUGAGAAGAACAAGGACCCCCUGAAUGAAACUGUCAUUGGGUUGUACCAGAAAUCAUCAGUGAAGACACUGGCCUUACUCUUUGCGACCUAUGGUGGUGAAGCUGAGGCUGGUGGUGGUGGUAAGAAGGGUGGUAAGAAGAAGGGUUCUUCUUUCCAGACAGUCUCAGCUCUUUUCCGUGAGAAUUUAAACAAGCUAAUGGCUAACCUGAGAAGCACUCACCCCCAUUUUGUACGCUGCAUCAUUCCAAAUGAAACAAAAACACCAGGUAAAGGGAAUCAAACAGCAGGAAAAUUUGAGCCAAAGGAGCCUUUCUCCUGUGUGUCAAACAGUAAUCGGUGUUUGUUAGGUGCCAUGGAACAUGAGCUGGUGCUGCACCAGCUGCGGUGUAAUGGUGUGCUAGAAGGGAUCAGGAUUUGCAGGAAAGGAUUCCCCAGCAGAGUCCUGUAUGCUGACUUCAAACAGAGAUACAGAGUGCUUAAUGCCAGUGCUAUUCCAGAGGGACAGUUCAUGGACAGCAAGAAGGCUUCAGAGAAGCUCCUUGGGUCCAUUGAUGUGGACCACACUCAGUACAGAUUUGGCCACACUAAGGUAUUCUUCAAAGCUGGGUUGCUGGGACUCCUGGAGGAGAUGAGAGAUGAUAAGCUGGCAGAAAUCAUCACUCGCACACAGGCCAGGUGCAGAGGUUUCCUGAUGAGAGUGGAAUAUCGUAGAAUGGUGGAAAGGAGGGAGUCCAUCUUCUGCAUCCAGUACAACGUUCGUGCAUUCAUGAAUGUCAAGCACUGGCCCUGGAUGAAGCUGUUCUUCAAAAUCAAGCCCUUGCUGAAGAGUGCAGAAUCUGAGAAGGAGAUGGCCAACAUGAAAGAAGAGUUUGAGAAAACCAAGGAAGAACUUGCAAAGUCUGAGGCAAAGAGGAAAGAACUGGAGGAGAAAAUGGUGGCCUUGCUGCAAGAAAAAAAUGACCUUCAGCUCCAAGUGCAGGCGGAAGCAGACAGCUUGGCCGAUGCCGAGGAAAGGUGUGACCAGCUCAUCAAAACCAAAAUCCAACUGGAAGCCAAAAUUAAGGAGGUGACAGAACGGGCUGAGGAUGAGGAAGAAAUCAAUGCUGAGCUGACAGCCAAGAAGAGGAAACUGGAGGAUGAAUGUUCAGAGCUGAAGAAAGAUAUUGAUGACCUGGAGUUAACCUUGGCUAAAGUUGAGAAGGAAAAACAUGCCACUGAAAACAAGGUGAAAAACCUCACAGAGGAGAUGGCAUCCCUGGAUGAGACCAUAGCCAAGCUGACAAAAGAGAAGAAAGCCCUCCAAGAGGCCCACCAGCAGACACUGGAUGACCUGCAGGCCGAAGAGGACAAAGUCAAUACAUUGACCAAAGCUAAAACCAAGCUGGAGCAGCAAGUGGAUGAUCUGGAAGGGUCCCUGGAGCAAGAGAAGAAACUGCGCAUGGACCUUGAAAGGGCUAAGAGGAAACUUGAGGGAGACCUGAAGCUGUCCCAUGACAGCAUAAUGGAUUUGGAAAAUGAUAAGCAGCAGCUGGAUGAGAAACUGAAAAAGAAAGACUUUGAAAUCAGCCAGAUCCAGAGCAAAAUUGAAGAUGAGCAAGCCCUGGGCAUGCAAUUACAGAAGAAGAUCAAGGAGCUGCAGGCCCGUAUCGAGGAACUGGAGGAGGAAAUUGAGGCAGAGCGAACCUCUCUGGCAAAAGCAGAGAAGCACCGUGCUGACCUCUCCAGGGAGCUGGAGGAGAUCAGCGAGCGCCGAGAAGCAGGAGGGGCUACAGCAGCUCAGGUUGAGAUGAACAAGAAGCGUGAGGCAGAAUUUCAGAAGAUGCGCCGUGACCUCGAAGAGGCCACGCUGCAGCACGAAGCCACAGCUGCCGCCCUGCGGAAGAAGCACGCAGACAGCACAGCUGAGCUUGGGGAGCAGAUCGACAACCUGCAACGAGUCAAGCAGAAGCUGGAGAAGGAGAAGAGUGAGCUGAAGAUGGAGAUAGAUGACUUGGCCAGUAACAUGGAGUCUGUCUCCAAAGCCAAGGCAAAUCUGGAGAAGAUGUGCCGCACUCUGGAAGACCAGCUGAGUGAGAUCAAAACUAAGGAGGAGCAGAAUCAGCGCAUGAUCAAUGACCUCAAUACUCAGAGAGCUCGUCUGCAGACAGAAACAGGUGAAUAUUCACGCCAGGUGGAAGAAAAGGAUGCUUUGAUUUCUCAGCUGUCUAGGGGCAAGCAGGGAUUUACCCAACAGAUUGAGGAACUGAAGAGACAUCUAGAGGAAGAAAUAAAGGCCAAGAACGCCCUAGCCCAUGCCGUGCAGUCUGCUCGCCACGACUGUGACUUGCUCCGGGAACAGUAUGACGAGGAGCAGGAAGCCAAGGGUGAGCUGCAGCGUGCCCUGUCCAAAGCCAACAGCGAAGUGGCCCAGUGGAGAACCAAAUAUGAGACGGAUGCUAUUCAGCGCACGGAGGAGCUGGAGGAGGCCAAAAAGAAGCUGGCACAGCGCCUGCAGGAUGCAGAGGAACACGUUGAAGCUGUCAACGCCAAAUGUGCUUCCCUGGAAAAGACAAAGCAGAGGCUGCAGAACGAGGUGGAAGACCUGAUGAUUGAUGUGGAGCGAACAAACGCUGCCUGCGCAGCUCUGGACAAGAAGCAGAAGAACUUUGACAAGAUCCUGGCAGAGUGGAAGCAGAAGUAUGAGGAAACACAGGCUGAGCUGGAAGCUUCCCAGAAGGAGUCUCGCUCUCUCAGCACGGAACUGUUUAAGAUGAAGAAUGCCUAUGAGGAGUCCCUGGACCACCUGGAAACGCUGAAGCGUGAGAACAAGAACUUGCAGCAGGAGAUUUCUGACCUCACGGAGCAGAUUGCAGAGGGAGGAAAGGCGAUCCACGAGCUGGAGAAAGUCAAGAAGCAGAUUGAGCAGGAGAAAUCUGAAAUCCAAGCCUCCCUGGAGGAAGCUGAGGCCUCCCUAGAACAUGAAGAGGGGAAAAUCCUGCGCCUCCAACUGGAGCUCAACCAGGUCAAGUCUGAGAUUGACAGGAAGAUAGCAGAGAAAGAUGAGGAAAUCGACCAGCUGAAGAGAAAUCACCUCAGAAUUGUGGAGUCCAUGCAAAGCACCCUGGAUGCUGAGAUCAGGAGCAGGAAUGAAGCCCUGCGGCUGAAGAAGAAGAUGGAGGGAGACCUGAAUGAAAUGGAGAUCCAGCUGAGCCAUGCCAACCGUGUGGCUGCAGAGGCACAAAAGAACCUGAGAAACACACAGGCAGUGCUAAAGGAUACUCAAAUACACUUGGACGAUGCUCUCAGGACGCAGGAAGACCUGAAGGAACAGGUGGCCAUGGUGGAGCGCAGAGCAAACCUUUUACAGGCUGAAGUUGAGGAGCUGCGGGCAGCCCUGGAGCAGACGGAGCGGUCAAGGAAAGUGGCUGAGCAGGAGCUUCUGGAUGCAAGCGAGCGUGUGCAGCUCCUCCAUACCCAGAACACCAGCUUGAUCAACACCAAGAAGAAGCUGGAAACAGACAUCGUGCAAAUUCAGGGUGAAAUGGAGGAGACAAUCCAGGAAGCCCGCAAUGCUGAAGAGAAGGCCAAGAAGGCCAUCACAGAUGCGGCCAUGAUGGCAGAAGAGCUGAAGAAGGAACAGGACACCAGUGCCCACCUAGAGAGAAUGAAGAAGAACCUGGACAUGACGGUGAAAGACCUGCAGCACCGUCUGGAUGAGGCUGAGCAGCUGGCCCUGAAGGGAGGCAAGAAGCAAAUCCAGAAGCUGGAGGCCAGGGUGCGGGAGCUGGAAGGGGAGGUAGAUGCUGAGCAGAAGCGCAGUGCUGAAGCCGUGAAGGGUGUGCGCAAGUACGAGAGGAGGGUGAAGGAGCUGACCUACCAGUCUGAGGAAGACCGGAAGAACAUCCUCAGGCUCCAGGAUCUGGUGGACAAGCUGCAGAUGAAGGUGAAAUCCUACAAGAGACAAGCUGAGGAGGCUGAGGAGCUGUCCAAUGUCAACCUCUCCAAAUUCCGCAAGAUCCAGCACGAGCUGGAGGAAGCCGAGGAGCGGGCCGACAUUGCAGAGUCGCAGGUCAACAAGCUCCGAGCGAAGAGCCGGGAGUUUCAUGGCAAGAAGAUAGAAGAGGAAGAGUGAGGAUGUCGUGUGGCAGCAAAGUGGCCUGAGGGAUGCACAAAAUGUGAACCCUCUGUCACUUCUUCCAUAAUUGGGAUUUGUAGCCCCCUGCAUACAUAGGGAAUAAAGUCUGUAGAUUACUUCACGUA